CUGCUGCACUUCCUCGAGGCGCGGAACGAGGCCGCGCUUCGCGGUGACGCGCACGAAGGGGGAAGUGGGAAGACGGAAGAACGGACGUAGAAUAAACUUGGCAACUUAUAGUUAACUAGCUAGAACUACUGUUAGAUAAUGUGUUACAGAAGAAGUGGAUAAUUAUUCAGAUACAAAUUUAAUCAGCUUACCAAACGCCCAGUCUACAUUCAGUCACGGCCCUCUCAACUCGCCAUACGACACGACCAGGGGACUCCAGCAGUUUUCAAACAGACGUUGCACUUGCUCAGCCGACACCAAGUCAUCAUUCGUUACCAAGUCACAUUUCACUGUUGUGAAAGUGCUGUGAUAACCAGUAAAUUGCUGUAACGUUACACACAACCAGCCCACUAGCUCAGCGGGACUGGAGCUUUUUCUCCUUGAGGGAAAAGUUGUCCGAGGUGGUGGUGGGGUGGUGGAGGAGCCAGCGAGGCCUGCAGUUGAGGCUGCAUGUGUGAGGACUGUAGCUGUCGAGAAGUGACUCGUACAACGUCUGCUAUCUGAACACUCAGAAACAUGUCGGCUCAGGCACAGAUGCGAGCCAUGCUGGAUCAGCUUAUGGGGACCGGGAGAGACGGUGAUACCAUGAGGCAGAGAAUCAAAUUCACAGAUGAGCGGGUCUGCAAAAGUCACCUCCUUGAUUCGUGUCCUCACGACAUUCUGUCAGGCACUCGGAUGGACCUGGGAGAGUGCAUGAAAGUCCAUGACUUGGCCCUCAGAGCAGACUACGAGAUUGCUUCUAAGGAGCAUGAGUACUUCUUCGAACUUGAUGCCGCUGAACACCUUCAGUCUUUCAUUGCUGACUGUGACCGCAGGACUGAGCUGGCCAAGAAGAGACUCGCUGAGACACAGGAUGAGAUCAGUGCUGAAGUGGCAGCAAAGGCUGAACGUGUCCAUGAGCUUAAUGAAGAGAUUGGGAAGAUGCUGGCCCGGGCCGAGCAGCUUGGGGGCGAAGGGAACGUAGAUGAAGCCCAGCAAUUGCUGGAAAUGGUGGAGAAGACCCGGGCCUUGAAGAAAGAAGCAGAGGAUGUGUACAGGAACUCCAUGCCAGCUUCCAGCUUUCAGCAACAAAAACUGCGGGUGUGUGAGGUGUGCUCUGCCUACUUGGGUCUUCAUGACAACGAUCGGCGUCUGGCUGACCACUUUGGGGGCAAACUGCACCUCGGCUUCAUUGAAAUUCGCGAGAAGCUUGAAAAGCUAAGGAAAGCAGUUGUAGAGAAACAAGAGAGAAUGCGAACGAGAAGACGAGAGGAACGUGAAAAAGAAGACGAGAGAGAGCGACAGUGGGAGAUGGAGCGGGAACGAGAGCGUGAACGUGAACGAGAACGAGAACGCGAAAGAGAGCGAGAAUGGGAGAGGGAACGAGACCGGGAGAGGGAGCGUAGGAGGUCAAGAUCUCGAAGUGGAGACCGAUACAGGGAUGGAGGCAGUUCGUCCUCCCAUCGUUCAAGACGCCACCGCGCCUCUCGUUCCAGAGAAGAAGGUGGAGAUCGGGAUCGUGAGAGAGAGAGGAAACAUCGACAUAAGGACAGGCAUCGCUCACGCUCCCACUCUCACAGGCGUAAAAGGAAGAGGUCCUCAAGGGACAGAUCAUCUCACACCCGUGAAAGAGAGCGCUCGUUGUCCCAGGAGAAAUAUGCAGAGGGAUGGCGCGAGGACAGGGUGGAGUUCAGAGACUGGAAGGACAAGGAGAGGUCACCCUCCGUGGACAGAGCCACGGGCAGGGAACUAGAGAGGUCCCUAUCGUAUGAGCGGGACCGACGCUCCAGCUCUGAGGAGCGAGAGUCUGGAGAGAUAUGAACAAGAGGGAAAGCCUCCAAAGUCUUUGAUUUGGAUAUAUUGUUGAGUAAAAGGAGCAUGGAGAGAUGAGUGUGUGUGUUGGUGCGAACGUGUGUGCGUGUGCUUGUGUGUGUCAGCUUUGUAUGUGUGUUCAUGUUAAAAGUGGGACAUGGACAUUAGCAGGGGUGGACGGUGGGAACUUGGGGAUGUGGGAACAACUUCAGUGGUGGCGGUUGUGGAAACAUGCAAACCAACUUUUAUAAGACUCUGAAUCGUAAGGCUUGUGUGACCUGGAAGCAGAUUAGUGAUUUUUUUUUUUUUUUUUUAAAUGCCAUCUUGUCGAUCUUCUGUACAGUUACUGAAUCUCAUCUGACUUUGAUAGUGAUUAGGGAUGAGUGAGCGAAGAGACAGCAGCCUUACUUUAAGUCUGUUUUUUAUUUUUGCUCACAUGAAGUGCUGUUAUUUUUUUAUCAUUAAAAUGUUAAUAUUGUUUUUCCUGUUCCAUUGCGAAUCUAUCAGUUUCAGUUGCUGUGGAUUCAUUUACACUGGUUGGAGUCAUUAAUGUGGCAUAACUGUUGCAGUAAUUUAAUGAAAUGAGCUGUGAAUGACUGAAGGCACUUCUGAUGUUUGUGUUUUAUUCGCUGCCUUCAAGCCAUAACAAUCUCAUUAGGAAAAUCUGAUACACCUCCCUGAGCCUUCCCUUAAUUCAGGAUGAUGCGGUGAUGAACUCAUACUUUGAAAAUAAUCUCACUUGUCUCCCUGAAGUCAUCCAUGUAUUUUCACUGAGUUCCUGACAUGUGAAUGCAUAUAGAUGACGUGCAUCUUUACAUACUGACACUCUAAAGGCCCAGGGACUGUGUUGUUUGCUGUGACACAACCUGGAUGUACUGGGGGAGUCUACUUUGCUGUGCCACCACUAAGUGAAUAAAAUUUUCUGCUUCCAUUCAAA